AUGGCAGAGCAGAGAGCACAAGAUGUGGUAAACCAAUCUCAGUCGGUGGGCGAUCUCUCGCCUUCCGACGUACCUGCGACCACAUCUACACCUGAUAUCAAACUUCCUGGGGACGAUAUUGGUAGGAAUAGUGCUGUGGUGGAAACAGAGGUUGCGCCAAAAGAGAAUGGAAUCCAUACAGUGUCAAGUCUCAAAAUGGAAGAACUCGAGGAUGGUUCUGCUCGCUCAGACACAGAUACGAGCCGGGCCGAGGGGAGUGUCGCUGGUGACAAAGUCACGGAGCCAAAACCUUUGAAGAAAUUCGCUGCCAAACCUGUCAGCUUUGCAAAGUAUUCGGUCCCCAAGGUCAUCGCUGCGAGCGCAGCGACAAAACCUAAUGAGAAAACUACUACUCCCCAUUCCUCAUCCUCGUCCCUCGCCCAAGCAGGGCGUCCACGAUUAGUUGCCAAAGCCACAAGCUCCUUACAGUCAAAGGCGAAACCUUAUCAAAGCGCCAGUCCGGAUCCCAUGCAGGUAUGGAACAAGAACAGAGUUACGCCACAACCUUCGACGAAGCACUUGACCGACGAAGAGCUUAAGCAGCAGUACGGCAUCCAUCUGACCUCGCGAAUCCAAGCAGACAGUGAAGGGAAAGAGGCGAAGUGGGCAGACAUUGACGAUGACGAAGAUGACUGGGCUCCAGAAACAAUCGAAUGGAACGAUGGCACCAAGAGCACACUGACUCACGCCGAUGUCACUCCUCAAACCUCACAGAAACCCGCGACCCCUUCUGAAGCCGGAGAUCAGUCAAAGUCUGCCAACGCCUCGAAAGCAGUCGCACCUCAAUUUGCGAGUUCGGUCGGUCCUAAUGCGACGGUGCUCAAACUGGGCGCAAGCGCCGAACGGCAACAGGCGCAGAAGGCAGCGACUCUUCAAUCUAGAGCCCCUACCGAAAAGCCAUCGAUCAUUACAAAGGCGACUCCGGCGCCGGCCCCAGCUAAAUCUCCAUGGGCACCAUUACCUCCUGUUGACAAGAUCUCGCCGGUUGCCAUCAAUCCGCAGCCAAUACCUCCCUCGGGCAGAUUUAUGCCUAGCCACCCAUACACGCAAAGCCCUUCACUACUGAAAGCGCCGUCACCGGCCAAGGAGAUCUCGGCGGAUGACUUCAACCGCUCAUGGCGGGAUUCAAUACCUGGUCAACAACGAGAAUUGUACGUACCGGGCUCUGGCCGGUAUGAAACGGUGCCGGAGCCCCGACGACGGAUGUCAAGGAACGAUCAAGGCUUUCGGACACCUGCUGUAUUGCAGAGACCAAGCCAAGCUGACACGCACGCUCCCGCCGAACCUUCCCCAGCCUUUCAAACCACUCGAACAAGCACAGAUCAAGCUCGACGUAGAGCGUCGUCUACUAUUUCAGGCGGUAGCGGGCAGUUCGGUCGACGGAUGUCCAUCAAGUCAGGGGAUUUACCGAUGCCGACCAUUGACACUCAAAGACAUGAUGCUGAAUCAGCAAUUCGGCCAAUCUCGAGGGAUGGUCCACCUUCGGCAACUCAGACACCAACAUAUCAGGCUCGUGGGACAGGCGACUAUGUGUCUGUCGGUCCCACCUCGGCAUUGGAUGCAGAUAUCGAAGCUCAACGAGCUCAACAAAGAGCUUUGAUGAAAGAGAAUAUUGAACGAGCCAGAAAGCGGAAGAUAGAAGAAGAGCAACGAUUGGAGGCCGAGAAGCAAGAACGCAUUCGAUUGAAGCUGGCGUCACUUGGACCAGAUCCCAAGCAUGCUAAAAAGCCAGAGGAACCAGCAAAAGAAACAGGAGACGCGGAAAAUGAAGCGAAGAAGGACAUUGAGCAGUCUCCUACAUCUGCCCACGUCCCUGUGGCAACUGGAAGCACGACCACGAUCACUACACACUCCCCGCCCAAACCUCCUCAGCCACUCGCUUCUGGCGAGCCGCAGCAGUACGGCAUGAUGAAAGUGCAUUCUUUGGACUCGGUCAAAAAGAUGGCCUCGGCGCUGUCCCGAGCACCAGAGCCGCAGAGGAUACCUGUUCGAGAGAAAGUUGAAUCCAGCACAUCUGAUCAAGCCAAGCAGGAAGCAUUACAGGUACCUUCUCCUAUCGUCAACGGUGUCAGGCCUGUGCCGGAAGUUCGACGAACGAGUGGGCAAGAACCAGCUCCCGCCUCUGAACCGAGUCCCAAGUUGCCCAAACCAAGUUCAGUUGGAAAUGAUGCGAGAAGUGGGUGGGGAGACGUCCGCCAUGACCAUCGUGCACCCCAAACAGCGAACCUUUGGGGUCUGCCCAACAACAAGGCUCUCGGAAACGGCACCUUCGACCAGAGUCUGGCAGGAUAUUCGCCUCAGGAUCUGUCGAGGACAUCUUCCACAGCAGCAGGUUGGAUGAAUGGUCGAACGCCGCACUCGGGCCGCUCGCCACAGAUUCAGCAUGUCAAUCACAUCCUUGCAGAUAACAGACCGUACCCGUAUCAAACAGUAACUUCUCCAGACCAGGGCCCGCUAGCAGCUGAUAGUGAGGCCGAUUCGCUGUUUCCCACAACAAAACCUGCUCCGAUCGCUCCACCUCAGCCUCAACACAUCCAACCCGGCGUGAAUGGCGUCCCCCAUGGGCCGAGGGUAAACGGCGUGGACGCUUGGAACGGCUUUCAUGCAGUGGCCACUCAACAAGAACGUGCAGAGAGUGAGCGGGUGCAGCGGGAAAUGGUGGCAAGGCGCGAGGAAGAAUUACGGACUGGGAUUCGGCAGGGCCCUGCUUACUCCUUUAAUGAGACCUGGAAACAGGUGCAGGUCGGUGAUCAGGCACAGCGAUCAAUCGCGGGCGUUUCGCAGUCAUCCGUGCCCGCAUCCAACGUCUUUGGUGCUGUAGGAUCGUUGCCGGGCGCGGAUAUCGGCUCGCGAGGCAUGAAUGGUCCGCCAGGUCGUGGAUCGAGGUUCUUCCCUCAACCCGUUGGUCUACAACAUCCUCUCCACGAUCGACGUGCAGUCACUUACAGUCACCCUGAGCCGCCGCGAACACCAUCGCCGCCUCCUGCCGAAGAAUAUUCGAGCCUCCACCCUGCCUUUGACGGAGACUCCACCAGGCCAGUCGUGCAUUUCCCACAGAAACCCGUCGUCAAACUACCGCCUGCGAUGCCACCAACGCCACCCAGCCCUGCACAUAUUCAACCCGACCUUUCUCCGGCCACACCAUUGACCUGGGCAGCAAGGGUUUCCAUGCCACCACCACCGCCUCCUGCAGCAACACUUCGAGCAGUCUCCACUCCGAUCGUGCAGAAUCCUUCAUGGCAGGAACGAUUCAAUGGCUUACUAGGCAAGAAGAGCUCUCCCGCACGGGAAUCCGCUCAACCAGUAGGAACAGUGCUUGCAGUUGCGUCGUCGACUAGAGAGCCUCUUGACGUUCAACACGUGCUUGUUCCUGCGGCCUCAGUGUCGCUUCCUGUUGAAGCAGGGCCAAUCUUGUUGUCUAGUGACACGUCGGUCACGACCAAGGAUGUCGAAAGUGAAGAUGAUCUUUUUGAGGACCGAGAACUAGGCUCGCUACCGACCAUCAAGUUUCCAUUGGAGGUGCUCACGUUGCCAACGCCGCCAUUCAUUCCCUCAAGGGCAGUGGCUUCACCACCCGAGAUUACCUCGGUGAUUCCUUUCAUGGUCAACAAUUGGUUCGAGCGGCACCGGUCCACAGGCCCCCAAUUUGCGCUGAUCAAGUUCCCUGGUCCGGCGAAGGCCAUCAAGAAGGAGUUGCCCGUGCGAGGGUCGUCGGCGCCACAUCAUGGCAGUCGGUCACGCUUUAGCAGCGGUCCACCCAGCUCAUCAAGUUCUUUUGGCGGCAAAGGCUAUCGAAAUAGAGGCGGACCGAGAUCGAGACAGGCGUCCAAAGCAAACUGA